GGAGCCGGCUUUACGGAGCCGGGCUGGCACCUUUGUGCCCGCCGCAGCGACGCUUGCAUCAUACGACUUAUGGGUUAAAUAGCGAGUCAACUGGGCCGCAGAGAGAAAGGAUGAUUAGGAAUAGUGCGUCGAGACUGGCUCUCCUUGACAGAGGAUGCCAAUGUUGCUGCUCCACGCCGAGAUGCCCGACGUGGCUGGCCAAGCGACCCGUCACGAGCGUCGCCGCGAGAUUCGUCAAAAACACCGGCCGGAGAUGGCGAUUCAUCGUCCCAACCGGGGUCGGCCUGUCGCUGCUCGCGGUGACGCAGUGGAACUACCUGCACGAGCACGGAUACCGGAUCGACGUCGACGACAGUCCGGAAUUGCUGAACGACGUUGUGGCGACGUGCUACUGCUGCCUGCCGUUGAGGACGACCAGCAGAAUAUGGGGCUGGCUGACGAGCAUCGACCUGCCGGUCGGCCUCAGACCGACGCUCUAUGGAUUUUACGCCAACAUCUUUCACGCCAAUCUGGACGAGGUGGAGCUGGAUCUGUCCGCGUUUCCGAAUCUGGUGGAGUUUUUUGUGAGGAAGCUCAAGCAGAAUGCCAGACCGAUUGCUCAGAAUGCGAUGACCUCACCUGCGGACGGUAAGGUGCUUUAUUUCGGACCGGUGACCUCCUGCCGCGUGGAGCAAGUGAAAGGAGCGACGUACGACCUCAGGCAGUUUCUGGGCGACCCGAACGGUUUUACGUUGAGUCAAAUCGCGAAAGAGACAACGAUGCAGAAGAACGAUUACGUUGAUUCACUCCUGAAGAAUCCUGACGACAACAGAUUGUACCAGCUGACCGUUUACUUGGCGCCUGGUGAUUACCAUCGGUUUCACAGUCCUGCCGAUUGGAACAUAAAGUUCCGACGGCACUUCCCAGGAAAGCUACUCAGCGUGAAUCCGAAGGUGCUCAAGUACAUGCCCAACUUGUUCUCGCUGAACGAGCGCGUUGUGUACGUCGGCGAAUGGACGGGCGGCUUCAUGGCUUACGCGGCGGUCGGGGCGACGAACGUGGGCUCCAUACGCGUCUACUGCGACAAGGGGUUGGCGACGAAUACGCGCCACUGGCCGGCAACCGUGCACUGGCAGGAAGCUAACUUUGAUUGCGCGCGUGUCGCCAAGGGCGAGCCGUUCGGCGAGUUCCGACUCGGGUCCACGAUCGUGCUUCUGUUCGAGGCGCCGCGGGACUUCCGGUUCUGCCUGCAGAUCGGCCAGGCCAUUAAGGUCGGUCAGGCGCUGAGCGCGUUUUCCAGCGACGAGCGUGACAAGAAGCGGGACAACGAGCGACAGCACCGGAUCGUGAACGUCGCGCAGGAUUGGAGAGAUAUAUGGCAGCCUAGAGUACGGAGCGAAACGAACGAGUAGAAGCUGAUUCUAACCAAGGAGAAUUGAAGAGACGUAUCGGCAUCUCGCGCGCUCGCGUCUCUUCGAAGUCGAAUUGUAGGCGCGAUAAAGUGAACACUAGAGUCACGAGGGCUCUAGAGACUCAGUUUUCUCGAGUGAGUAUCGAUCCUGUGAUUAUCUCUGUCUACUUGUACGUAGUCAUGUUCGUGCGUGAGAAAAUCAUCUCUCACGCGGGCUAUAUGAAAUUACAUGUAAAUAACAUCUCCCGCUAAUUACCCUCGUUUGUUACUUUAAUUGCGUGAGUGCCAAGCAUCACGUCGCAAGCAUCAUGAUUUAUAAGAUAGAUUUGACACAGUUGAUUUAUUGUUAGGACCGGAUUAUUAUGUUGGAGUGUAGACAUGUGCAGCACGUCUCUCCUGAAGCUUCACACGAUCACAAGUGAGGCACCGAGACGCAAGAAAACACACUUUUCUUUCCUAGGUGCGUCACCACCGAUAGAGGUCGGAUCGUAAACUGUUUUAGUUGCAUGCCAAAUCGAUCUUUGUUUGCAGUUGAGUCGGCCGGUCAAGGCCGGCUAGGUGAAACACUUUCCUCAAUUAAGGCUCUAACUCCCCCCCUUUUUUUUUUAAACCAGAAAGCAACAGCCACGUGGUAUAUCUCAAGUCUCCGUGCGUACGAAGGAGUGUCGGGGUCUUGCUGACCCCGUUUAUAUUUUUAUGGCAACAGUAUUUUUACCGAUCCUCUUUAUCGUUAAUAUUAAUGUCGCUUCUGGAAAACUCGUAUUAAAUCGGGAAUAUCUUUUGCCCCGGACCUGUCCAGCGCGUGCGAAUAUGACUUCGCACUUUAGAAGAAUUAAUUAUAAUGUGAAUACUUGAUCGCGCAUUUUAUGAUAUAUCUAUUUUAUGAUAUGCAACUCGUAAAAUAAAAGAGACCAAUUAUAAAAAGUAAUCGUAAUUUUUAUAAUAUAAUUACUUUAUCCAGACGAAUUUACUAACACAAUUGCCGUUUAUUUUGCGCAUUUCAUUAUUUUUAUUAAAUAAAUUUUUGAUAUUGAGACAACAA